GUAGUAUCCGUUUUGGUUCGACGCCGUGAAUGUCAACUGUUGAACCGUGUGCAAACAAUCAUAUUGGACUAGUGUCAUUUAUGAGCAUUUACUCAUAUAACGAUUAACGAUUCAUGAUAAUUGUCUUAAAUUAUUAAAAAUAAUGGCGGAGGAGAACGCGUUUUUGAAGAGGCUGAAAAAUGGCGGGAAUCUGGUGGUAGCAGAAGGCUACAUCUUUGAGUUCGAACGCAAGGGCUAUCUGCAAGCGGGAACAUUUGUACCGGAAGUGAUCAUAGAACACCCAGAGCUUGUGCGCCACAUGUAUGAAGAGUUCGUUCACGCCGGGAGUGAAGUUGUACUUGCAUUUACAUACUACGCGCACAGGGAAAAACUUCGACUGAUUGGACGAGAGAAUGACCUAGAUGCUAUGAAUAGGAGCGCCCUGCAGAUGGCGCGCGAGGUGGCUGAUAAACAUGGCUGUCUUAUGGCGGGAAAUAUCUCCAAUACGACCGCAUAUGUGACUGAUGACCCUGAAUCGCACAAGAAGGUGGAGGAAAUAUUUAAGGAGCAGAUCGAGAUUGCAGUGGAAUACAACGCAGAUUACAUCGUCGGAGAGACGUUCGGACAUUUUGGCGAGGCAAUGCUUGCGCUGGAAUCUAUCAAGAAAUAUGGGAAAGGGUUGCCAGCGGUGGUGACCAUCUCUGCUCCAGCGACAGAGACGCUUAUUGACGGUGUGACUUUGGUGGACGCAUGCAAGCGUCUGGAGGAUGCCGGCGCCGCCGUCGUCGGUCUUAACUGCGGUAGAGGACCGGAAACCAUGAUUCCCGCGAUACGAGAAAUCAAGAAAGUGUGCAAGGGCCCAGUCGCUGCACUUCCGGUUACGUACAGAACGACACCGGAAGAGCCGACAUUUUUCUCGCUUACCGUCCCGGGCACAAAGAAUCGCGCGUUCCCGCUGGAGCUGUGCACGUGUCUGUGCAGCCGGAAGCAGAUAGCAGACUUCGCCGCCCAGUGCCGAGACCUCGGCGUCGAGUAUGUCGGUCUCUGCUGUGGGAACUCCGCCAAUAUGACGCGCAUCGUUGCAGAGACGUACGGACGGUCGCCGCCCGCCAGCAGAUACGCGCCCGCUAUGGAGAAGCACUUCAUCUUUGGCGAGAAGGCCAAGUUCAAGGACGCCUACACAAAGGAUAUGCGCGCGCACAUCGGCGGGGAUUUUGACUGAACGUGCUUUAUGUUAACAUAAAUGAGAAUUUAAAUUGGUUAUUAACCAGCGCAAAGUACAGACACAUAAAUAUAUUAGAAAACAACGUAGAUUAUAUAAUUGUUGCUUUUUGAAUUUGCUCAAACGCAUUCCCGGAAAAUGGAUGUUAUUUUUCGUUUUAAGUAAUGCAUUAUAAUUGAAAAUAAUAUAUUUUAUUAUAUAUAUAAUAUAUACAACCCUUGAACAAUGAUUCAUCAAUCAGUUGAGGGACUCGUUGCCAUGAAACAGUCAUCUGAUAUUGCAGAGAGAAGCGUGCCCGAUAGAGGAUAAAAACGACACCAAACAGUUAAAUGCAUCAUUCACACUUUUGAAGGGUCAAUUGUUAGAAUUACCUACCAUGAGAAAGAUUACGUUUGGAGGACUUUUUAAAAAUAUUAAAAUUAUGAGUGAUACUCAAAACGAGCAAACCGAUGGCUUAUUCGUAUUCGUAUAAUGUAGAUUCUAUAAUUGUUGCUUUUUGUAUUUGCUCAACCGCAUUCCCGGAAAAUGGAUGUUAUUUUUCGUUUUAAGUAAUGCAUUAUAAUUGAAAAUAAUAUAUUAUACUUGUAUCAGCCACUUGCAUGUGUUUGAGUGGAGGGGACUAUAGGUUUAUUCUAUAUCCGUUCGUCUGUCAGGGUGUUCAUUUAUAAAACAGGAUCUUGUGAUACAUUAAAAAGAACUAAAACAUUUUAAUGAAA